CUUCAGUCAACUAACUCAACUCCCCGAGAACACCUACUGACGAACGGUGGUGAGGAGGGAAAAAACUGAAGAUUCAACUCUGCAGGUCCUAUCAACCCCCCCCUCUUCAGUUAGAAAGAUUACAUUGGCUUUCGUUUAUCACAACCGUAGUGCAACCAAAGAGCAUACUAGCCGGAAGUCUAUUUGUUAUUUGGUAGAUCAAGAUCUAGUUAUAAGCGCCCUUCUUCACUAUAGUCGAGUGAGGCCACUGCCAUGGAUGCUCCGGCCCCCCUUCGCCUUUAUCAAUAUCGGCCCCUCAAGAGCUACACUACGAUUCGUGUCCUUGUCCUUCAGCCAGCCAAGGAUCUAUACGGACUAUUAAAAGCACAAUUGGUGCACGUGCAGGGCGAGCACCUUCUCCUCGGCCACGGUAGCCCAGAUUAUUAUGAAGUAGUCCCCUACUGUUGGGGCGAACCAAAAUUAUCGCAUGUCCUUCUUGUUAACGAGGACUCGACACUUGGCAUUACUAGCAACGCUGACACCUUGCUCCGCCAUCUGAGAAGUUCGAGCAAACCUCGGUAUUUAUGGAUCGACGCUAUAUGUUUGAAUAAAGAAGACAGGAACGAGAAACAGAUCCAGGUGCAACUCAUGGGCAGGAUAUAUGCACAAGCAGCAAAGGCCCGUAUUUGGGUCGGCACUGCGACAGAGCAUCAACAUGUACCUCAGCUGUAUAAUGCGCUGAAAUGGCUGGCUACACUUCUCAAGAACAAGGAAACACCCGCACCUGCUGAGGCGGAAAUAUUCCUGGAGACCACAUGCGCUAAUUCUUUGCUCGGCCCUAAUUUCUGAGACGGUGGAUCCUGCAAGAAGUCGCUCUCGGGCACCACAUAACCAUCCAUUGCGGUCAAUGGAAGCUAUCAUGGCAGUGGUUUAUUCAAGGUGUGAAAGGUCUCCAAGGUGCAAUCGCUGGGGGUUUGCGCAUUGAUCUAAAAGCAGAUUCCGCUUUGGAUACUAUCCUGGCCAUUGAGAAUUCCGACAAUUAUAAAUUACUAGACCUUUUGUGGAGGUUCCACCAGUCGCAAUGUUCAGUACCACAAGACAAGAUCUUUGCGCUCUACGGGUUAGCACGAGACGUC